UAAAAUGGAUAUCAAUUAUCAAUACAGCAAAAAGCGUGGUGAUUUCGGUCGGCAGCCGCUGUUCUGCGAACAGGGGCCGCAACUAUGCGACUCCAUUGCGCCCGACCUUGCCGAGCGCCGCCGCUACAUCCUGCGCAAUCCCGUGCACCAGUUCACACAGAACACGCCCUCCUUCUCUCAACACACUAUCAAUACCAUCAGAGCCGAGUACACCAAUUCCGGCGCCAACCACGCCGAAGGCGGCUGGCCCAAGGACGUGAACGUGACGGACCCGGAGGCGACGCAGAGAUAUCGUCGUAAAAUAGAAAAGGAUGACAACUAUAUACAUUGCGUUAUGGCAUUAUCCCCGGGAAUGGAGCAUUAUGUUUUGCAAAACAACGCAAUCGACAUGUACCGUUCCUACUACGCCGAGAUGGCGGAGGCGCCGCCGCUGGAACGUAGCAGCGUACGCAUCGUGAAUAUUUGCCGCGAGACCACACAUCCACCGCGUCGCGUGCGCGCAAUUUGCUGGCACCCCGACGGUGGCCACCAGCUUGCUGCCAGCUACACGUACAUCGACUGGGACCGCCGGCCGUUAGCGCCCGUGCAUUCGCUGCUCUGGGACACGACAAGUCCGCAGGAGCCCCUAUUGUCUGUCGCGGCGGCUGGCGAUGCAAUUAUGGACAUGGCGUACGCACCGCGCGCGCCUCACAUGCUCGCCGCUGCGCUGCUCAGCGGUCGAGUAGGCGUGUGGGAUCCACGAGCAGGCAGCGCUCCCGUAGUGCUUUGUCCGCCACACAUAGCUCAUCGCGACAUGGCCCGCCGUCUCCUUUUCAUUCAUUCUAAAUCUGGACAGGAGUUCUUCUCUAGCGGACCCGACGGCGUCUGCAAAUGGUGGGACAUGCGUAAUCUCAAUGAGGUCACGGAUGAGUUAAUCAUAGACAUGGUGAAGUCGCCUACGGAGCCGCAGAAUAUGGCGACUGCGUUCGGCGCCAGCGCACUCGAAUAUGAGGCUACUAUCCCAAGUCGAUUCAUGGUGGGCACUGAGAACGGGCUCAUCAUCGGCGGAAACCGCAAAGGUAAAACCGCCUACGAGAAGUUGCCGGCUAGAUUCGAUGCGCAUCUAGGGCCCGUGUGGUCGUUGGAGCGCAACCCGGGCUUCCUAAAGAACUUCCUGUCGGUGGGUGACUGGACGGCGCGCGUUUGGAGCGAGGACUGCCGCGAGUCCGCCAUACUAUGGACGCCUCCCGCGAGGCACCGCUACACCGCCGGCGCAUGGAGCCCUACCAGGUUAUCGCUGAUGCUGCUCGUGCAGUUUAACGGUGUGUUGACGUGCUGGGACCUUUUGCGACGCCAGCAACGGCCGGUGUUGAGCGCGCAGCUGUGCCCUGAGCCGUUGCUUAGUAUACGCAUGCAUGAAUCGGGAACUUUAGCGGCCUGCGGAAGCCAACUAGGAAAUAUAUACGUAGUGGAAAUGUCGCACAACCUGGCCCAGACCGAUAAAAACGAUAAAUCUUUAUUGACGGCUAUGUUUGAGCGCGAGAGCAAGCGCGAACGGAUUCUGGAAUCGCGACUGCGCGAGUUGCGGCUAAAACAGCGGCAGCCGGCGGCGGGCGGCGCUUCGGCGCUGGCUCUGACCACUCCCGCUGCCGACCUGGCCGCCGUGACCGCACAGUAUGCGCAGACGGUGCGCCGCGAGCUAGCCAACUUGUAG